CAAGGUUAGAAGGGCUAUGCGAACGCCGCGCUAUGCGAACGUAGCGUGAUGCCGCCUAAGCGGGAGGGCAAGGCCAAAGCUGGCCCUGGCGCCAAAGCGCGCGCCAGGUCUGCGAGAGCUGCAAGCCCCGAGCCCAAAGUUGAGCCCAAGGAUGCGACACCAAGGUCAAAGCGCGAGCCCGCCAAAGAGCGUGUGCCAACCUGGCGCAACAAGACGGUGCAAGGCCUCUUCUGCGAUCCAUACAUCGGGGCCACCAGCUUGGAAGGUGGCAAGCCUUCACAGGUGCUGAGCGACGUUGUGGAGAUGGGCGCAAAGCUUCUGGCAAGUCGGGCCACGUGGCCGUUGCCCUUGGCCGACUCAGAGGUGGAUGCCUUCCGUGAGUCGCUACAACUGCUGAAGGAAGCCCAUGACCGUGGCCAAGAAGGGCAAGCAGCUUUCGCUAGCCCAGAGGGCGGCAUGAAGUGGUGCCAGAGAACGCUGAAAGAGAUCACCGCGCUGGAAGUGGGCAAGCGGUGGUUAUCCGAGGGCGGCUGGCGCGGGGAGAAUGGAGGUCAUGCCAUUAUGUACAUGAUUCAGAAGAAAUCAAAACGUGAGGUAUCCUUCACGGUGUUGAACACCGGCGCAGGGAUUCACUCGUUUCACAGCUGCGACGUGCAGUCGCUGCAGCUGGGCAAGGUGCGCUACCAAACGGGGCUUUGCUUGAGCCCAGUCCAGAUGGAUUGCCUAAAUUUGGCAUUCCUCUAUACUUUGUUCAGAAUGUACUAUGUGCGGCAUCGCACACACAAUAGUUUUCAGCUGUAUGAAGUCCUUCUCCCAACUCUGAAGUCAUCAGAUGUGUCCCAUUCCGGAGCUUGCUUUACCACCCCCCAGCGUGCCGGGACCUGCUAUGCCAAAUGUGUGUUCCUGGGUCUCCGCACGCUGCUGGCGGAGCUUGGCGUAUCCUCUUCAGGUCGGCGCAGGUGCAUGUUGAACUACCGCAUUUGCUUCCUGGAGCGCAUAGCCCAGGAAUUGGAUGAAGCGAGUCAGCCGAGCCUCACCAACAGCGACCGCAUCACGCUGAGUGUGGCUCUGAAGCAGGUGGCAAGGCGCUGCGUCCGCGACCCCGAAGCUGCCAGCGCGCAGACCCGAACCCACGCUUGCAUGCAGCGGAUACAGGGGGCCGUGCGCCUGAAGAUUCAAGACCCGUCGCUGGAUCGAGCACUUUGCGCAGAUGCCCUUCAGCAUCAGAACCUUCGGCUCCAAGGCGCUGAGUUCCGCGGACUUCAAGGCUUUCAACUGCUGGCAUUCCGUUCGCUGGUGCCACCAGAUGUCCGCAACGCCUUUGCAGGUCCUUCAGCAUCCAAAGUCUUAAACCCCCAUGUGGACCUCACCGGUCUUGCCUCUGCCAGGGCUGUCGCUGGCGGACCCACGCUGGAAUUUCUGCCGCAAGCGCUGCUGAUGUGCGACCGGCUGGAGGAGGUGCAAUGCUCGCGGGCCUCCAAGCACCUGAUCAUCGGAGUGGUGGAGACCUUGGUCUUCGAGGCUCGGGACCUGUGGGACCUCGUGAGCUCCGAGACCUCGGAGUCCUCGGAGUCCUCGGAGUCCUCGGGACCGUCUCUGAGUUUGGGCCGGGGCCGGGAGCUGCUGGGCGCGGCGCACCGCCUGGGAGCGCACUACGUGGCGGCGGUGCGCUCCGUGGGCGGGGGGCGCAGCACCGGCGCGCACGCGGUGCUGGUGCUGGCCGCGCUGCUGGAGCUCUUCGAGGACCUCCUCCGUGCCACGCCCGGCCUGGAGCUGAACCAGCUCCUGAACGAAGAACCAAAAGCCGAAGAAACGAGAGGAACGAGAGGAGCGAGAGGAGCGAGAGGAGCGAGAGGAAGAGCCAAAGGCGUGUGGUGGUCCCUACGUCCCUGGGAGAAGCCGGAUGGGCCUGCACUCAGCUUCGCGGAGCUGACUGCCUGGUUGCCGAUGCCAUCACCUGCAGCUUGCGAAGUGCGGAGCAGGAUUUGCAGGCGCCACGAGAAUGACAAGCAGUCCUUGUGGGCAGGAGCACACGACACCUCCGCGCUGUUGGUUGGACCGCCUGAAAGCGAAGAAAGGUCGGAGGCCACGGGCGUCAGCAAGAACUUGUUGGACUUUUCCCGGAGGCUGCGGCGUCUCUGCCCGGGCAAGCCAUCUCUGCCAGACGUGGACCGUCCAUACCAAGACUGGGAAGUGGACCUCUCUGCUGCCUUCGACGAGCAGGUGGAUGCAAAGUGCCCCGAGUGGGCGCAGGCCAGAGACUUGGCGCUCUUUUACCAAAUGCUCCUGGCAAGCCUUCCGAGCCUCCCCAAUUCCCUGGCUGGCGGAGCUGUGCCCCCAGCAGAUCAUGUCUUGAUGGCCAGAGAAGCGGCAGAGCUCAGCUUCAAAUUUGGGCUUUUCAACCCUCCGGAAAAGGUCAUCGUGCAUGUGGAGCAUGUGUGCAGCCUCCCGCCUCGCCGAGUCAACAAGUUGUAUCCGCAUGCAUCUUUGACACAUCCCAAGCUGCUGUGCCAAGAUAUGAGCUACCUUCGAUUUGGAGGAGCUAUGGAGAAUGAGCUGCUGUCCUUGAAAAGACUCCCUGACUUUGAUAGUUCCCUGACACAGGCACAGGCAGAAUCACUGCUUAGCAUUCUGAGUUGCCCGGGCAUCCGAAUCCCUUUGCUGCUGCAGUUUGUGGUGCCCAACCACAUCGCCUUGAUGCACCAUCGCCAGUUUCAAAGGAUUUUCUUUGCGUGCUUGUUCGAGCCGGGGCUGUUCGACACCUCCAAGCCCUCGCUUGACGCGAAAGUCCCAUCGCAGGAGCCCAUGGGGACAGAGUUCGGCUGGUUGAGCGAGGAGUUGGCGACGAGUCCGCAGCUGGUAUUGCCCUUGUUGAGCCAGCUCUUCGAAGCCAUGAAAGACUUGGGCAACGGGGACUGCGACGGUCCACUCGUGCAGCCCUUCCUUUUCGUGGUGCAUGUGGCGUUGUUGGUGCAGGACUUUAUAGAGCAAGCCAAGUCAGAAAAGUCGGAGAGAUCAGCGCGUGAGUGCCUGGAGGAGCACGCGCGGCUCUUCCGACGCUUCACCCAGAAGUUCGCGCGGAAGGUGAUCGCCCGGUGGAUCGGGCAGGCGAACUCCGCCAAAAGCUACGAUCGUUUGAUGCAGUGCCACGCGCACCUGGCGAUGACCGCGUGGCCGGUGGCAGCUUUGGAAGACGGUGACGUGCAGAGUCUGGGCGUGGCAGCCUGCACGUUUAGCCUGUGGAGCGAGAAGCUGGGCGAUGCCAAUUCUGUGGAAUACGCAGGGGACCAGGCGGACGUGAUCCACCGGGUCUUCGCCACCCUGAGUCGGCAACGAGUGCCCUUGUUGAAAGCAGUGGAGAAUGCCGAAGAGCAGGAGCGCAACAAGUUCUUCAGCUUCAUUCUGGCAGGUGCCAUCGGCACGGACCGGUUGCCAGAAUUGUCUUGGCGCGCCACUGAGCAGAUGCCCAAGGUCUGCAUCCGCGUGGUGGAGACCAGCCAUCCCAUUUGCAAAGCCGACUUUAGCAGUCGCAAGGUGUGCCUUCCAAAGGCAGCGAGGAUCAUUGUGCGCUUCGACCCGCUGAGUCAGCUUGAGUCGGGAGAUUUUCUCAAGGUGUACGCAGGCCAAAAGAAAGAUGCCUCCAAGGUGGUGUGGAUGGCCGGGCGCAGCGAUGUGGCUAAAAAUGGCUGGCCUGGAGUUGAUGCUCCGGGUUUGGUCAUCAACUCGGAGUGCUUUCUUGUCAUCAUGGAGCGUUUGAUGCACGUCAGAGCCACUGAGGAAGAGGUGGCCUAUGGAUACCGUCUCAUUGCUGAGGCGGAGAUGCCUUCGAGUGCAGUGACUUCCAUGCAGAAGCAGCUGAGCACAGCCUCUGCCUUCGUUUGCGCAUCGAUUCUGUCGGAGGUGGGUGGAGACGUCCAGGAGGCCGUGGAGCAGUACGGCCAGAAAGACGUCCGCCAGAAGUGGGAGGAGUUGGAGACGUUGAGUGAAGCCCGGAAGAGCAGCUUGGGGCUCCGCGUGGGUGGCUGCUUCUCCGCUCAAGCGCACGACCUGCAGGACGCUUGGCUCACGGGGGCGCGAGUAGACCUGGGUAUGGCCAACAUCAGUUUCGAGGCGCGGGAGACACUGCAACCCAUGCCCGCGGACUGCUUCGAGGAGCCAGAUUACCGAGAGGCCUUGGGCGCAGAGCGGCCCAACGUGCUGCCCAUCUCCAACUCCCUCUACGCCAAGAAGUUCAGCUUCAGAUGCCACAGCCUCGAGUACACUGCUGAGAUGUGGGCGGCGCCUGAGUUCACCCUGGCUCUGGAGUACCAGGGCGGCAUCAAGUUGGGCAAGGGCGACGCAGUGCCCUUUGUGUUUCAUCCCAGCCGCUCUGGCUCUGGCGGCUCUGGCUCCGGCUCCUUCGUGCGGUGGCGGGAGCAGCAGUGGACGGAGCUGGCCUUGGCGGAUGUGCCGGGCCACCUGCGCAGCCAUGGCGCGGGCGCCGAGGUCCUCGCGGCGCUGCUCUCCACUCCUCCGGCGGACCCCACCUUGCUCAACGAGCCCGAGCCCCACUUCGCCCGCUUCGGCGACUGGUGGAAGCAGGCGCGCUGGUACGGCCGUGCCAGUGGUGCGGCCGGCUCGGUGCUCUUGUGCGAGGCCGGCUCCGGCGCCAGCGCUCGCUGGCUGGAGUUUGAGGCAGAGCCGGGAGGCGCUUUGGUGGCCUUCCAGAUCCAGGAGCACGGCCGGUGCGCGGCGCGGGAGGCGGUGUGGACCUCGGACGCGCGGCGCUCGCUGCUGGGCUGCGACGUGGAGGGCCGCUUCGAAGUCUUCGCGGUGCCGGCGCCGUUGCAGCGCCAGGCAGGGGACCUGCGGCCGGGCGCCUACGGCCGGUCCCUGGUGCUCACCUCCGCCGCAGGAACACACGUGCCGCAGCGCUUCUUGCGCGGACUCCUACCAGAGGUCCUAUUGCCUCACUUUUGCUUUUGGCAAGUCUCAGAGGACCUCAUCAAUGGAAGGCCUCAACAUCGAAACAGUCGCUGGUUCGGCUACAGCCUACAGCUGCAGAUUGCAGAUGGCCGCGCCCGAGUCUUGCGUUUAGCCCUGGAGACAGAGGUGCUGCAUGAACUGCAAGAUGCUACGCGGCCCAGCUCUCCGCUGUUCAAGCUGGGGGAGUUCAUGAGCACGGUGGAACCCCUGUCACAUGUGCUGUUCUGGUCCAAGCACGGAGAAGACGGAGAACAGAUGGCCUCGCCGUUGGAGCUGGUGGAGAUGCCGCGGCUGCAGCUCCGCUUUCGUGUGCGUGAGGGGCCCGUGCUCGAUGGGAAGGUGGUCUUUCAGCCCAAGCUCUACUGUGAUGCUUAUGGCGGACAAUUCUUCGUGGACCCCACUCCAUUCCAUUUGUUGCUGCCCAACUGUCCUCACGCCCUGCCACCCCACUGCUUUCUACUACGUGCUGAGGCAGGCGAUGCCAAGGUCGUAGCUCCCCUGGGCGAGGUGCGGAGGCACAGAAGCUAUCAAGAGCCCUUUGAGACGGCCGUGUAUCUCAAAGUCUUCGGAGAGACGUUCUUCACCCCAACAGCCGUCUAUGACUUGGCCCUGUCCACCGGGACAGACCUGAAGUGCCCCAGUCUGCUCUCGGCAAUUUGGCUGCUGCUGUGCCGGCUGCUGCAGAGGGACUACGAGGGCGCAGUGAAGCUCGUGCCAAUGGUGGCCUCCGCUGAUGGCCAGUUGCGCCAUGAUGAGCAGCUCGCCUUCCGCAUGGCUUUGGAGGAUACCUCCGACCGAGCCCCUGAUGCUGUGGCUGUGCGCCUGCGCCUGGUGCAUGCUGCGCUGCGUACACAGAACAUUAACAUGGACUUGGCUCGGAGCGCCUUCGCAGAUGCCGCGAGCUACAUCUCACACCUGGCGCAUGUCAGCCAGGGCUGCAGUCUUUCGUUGGCAGAGGAGAUGGAGCUUUGGAGCAGCCUGUUGAACAUGAGGAGCGACAUGGAGUCAGCAAAUCGCUUCAUUGAAUGGAGGCGUGACCUUUUGACUGCUCGCAAACAAGGGCUUUCAACGGCGACUCUGCAGUGGCACCGGCGAGAUCCUGGAGCGUGGAUUCACACUGUUCUUGACGACGAGGAGAAAAUGGCAUUCCAAUCUUCACGGGUUUCAGACAUCGACUGCAUCGGAAUCAAGAACGAGCCUCUGUUCGAGGCCGACUUGCCGCCUGAGAAGUUGUGGGUGGAACUCCUGGAUGUAGUGCAGGGCAGCAACAUGAAGGAUGGAGUCUUCAGCACCUUGCUUCACAUGUGGGAGCGAAACCACGCACCACAGAUGCAGCGUCUGGCCACCAGGAUUCUUCUCUUCUCGGUGGCCCGCGACCACAAGAGCCUCGAGCGUCGCUUGGUGCUGGUCCUGUGCCUCUUGCAAAGCAGUCCUUCGAAGAGCCUGGAGCCCCCGAAGCUGAAAGACUUUCAAAAGCUGAGACCAGGUCAGAGCAAGGAAAGGCGGGCCUGGGUGGAUCAGCUGUUUGCCUGGGCCAUCCAGCGACUCGAAGAUCCCGUGGAAGAGAUCCGCCACUUCUUGCCACUGGCACCACUGGGUGGCAGUUCGGAAGUAAACUUGGCUGGCAUGCUGCCACAAGCAGUGCCGCGAAGCGCUACAGACUUUGGGUGCCACCAGCAGGUGCUGGGCCCAGAGACCCCUGACGGCGCCUGGCCUGUGCUGUCGCCCGCAGAGCUGACAGCGCUACAACAGCGCAGUCCAGCGCUGGUGGCAGGCUGUCCGGAUCUGCAGAGCAUGAUUGUGAUGGAGCCGCUUGAUCCUCCAAGUUGGCGGAAGCUGACAGAUGACUGGAACGGGUUGCCUCGGUGCAAGGCCAACUGUGGCAUAAACGCAGAGACGCUGCAAAGAUGGAAAGCAUCUGCCGAAGCUUUCAAGUCUUUGAGCAACGCAAAGGAGAAGCCUGCGCUUCAGUUCCGGACAUCCCACGGAGGUCUCACCGGCCUUUGUGCUCGAGAGGCCGAGUCGGCUUUGAAGGACGUUUUGGGCGAUGUGGAGUCCUUGAUGCAGACCUUGCAGGCUCAGAGGGACCAGGACAUGAAGCGUGCCCAAGCCGGCGUGGAAGCGAUGAUGGGGUGGUCUCAGAUACCGCUUGACGAAGCCCCUGACAGCACUCGGCAAGUCUGGGAUUUGGAAGUGGUCAGUGGAUUUCAUCCACCCAUGCUCAGCUUCGAGUGGAUAGUGGCUUCAAUUCUAGCACAAGAUGCUGGCGCAGUGUUUGCCUCGUUUCUGCCCUCUUCACUGGACCCGGAGUCUUGCUUGGAGGUGCUGGAUCCCGACUGUCUUGUGAAGGCGUGCCUCACAGUUCUUCUACUGGCCACCAGGGCCACAGCAGCGCGGCGUGCCCUGGCACACGCCUUCAACUUGGCCACCAAACUCAGCGCGGCGCAGCUCAACGGAUGCAGCAGUUCUGACUGGCGCAACCUUCAGAGCAUGGCGGCACGACUGGCGGGCGAACUUGGGAGCUGCGAGGAGUUCAUCGAAAGCGUGGAAGGCCGAGUCUCGUUGGAUCCUCACUUCUUGCUCUUCGAGUGGCUUUUUGUGAAGGGCAACCUGCGGCAAGGGCAGUUGGCUUUAGUGCAGCGCUUCGUGGAGGCUGCCAGGUCGGGGCAGCCGCUUGUGCGGCAGCUGCUGAUGGGUGAGGGCAAGUCUGCGGUGAUUGCGCCCCUGUUGAGCCUCCUUUUGGCUCAGGACUUGGUGCUGCAGGUGGUCCCGGAUCAGCUGCUGUCCCAAAGCCUGUCCACCAUGAGAGGCCUGUUUGGUCAGGCCUUCUUCCGACCAGUCUACAACUUCAGUUUCGACCGCUCUGAAGCCAACUACCGUUCUGCCUAUAGCUUGCUGCAGAAGUUGAGGAUGGCGGUCCAGCAGCGCGCAGCUGUUUGCACGACUGCCUCGUCUGUCAAGAGCUGCCUCCUGUCCUUUGUGGAGGUGGCCCAAAAAGGCCAGAAGGGCCCCCCUGGGCCUGACGAGUGCCUGGAGGCCGCCCAAAAGCAGUGGCCGAAGCUGGAAGCGUCGCAGAACUUGGAGUUCUUGACGCUGUGCUUGCGCGGAAUCCUCUUGACAUUUCGCCAAGCGGUGGCAGUGCUGGACGAAAUCGACCUGCUCCUUCACCCUUUGAUGUCAGAACUGAGCUUGAGCUGCACAGUUCGGCAGUUUCUGGUCAUUGCACAAUGUGGAGCGAGUUGUCGACAUGUCUUCCAUCUUCUGCAUGCCCGUUUUGCACUUCAGACCUUCGAGGUCAUCAACCUUAGGAACUUCCCUGUCGGUCCCCGCGAGCCUUUGGAUCUGUCCCCAGACCGCUGGGACUUGGCGAUGCAUUUGCUGCAGCCCUUCCUGGACUCCUCGCAAGCCCCAAAGGCAUGCUGCAAGGCAAUCACAGACGGCCUCCAACAAUUGGCGUUGAGAAGCAAUCCUCACUUGAUCCUCGCCAUAGAGGAUUUCUUCUUUGAACGCCUGGAGGAUCCCUUGCGUGACUGGCUUUGUGAAUACUUCGGGUGCCGCCCUGCUUUCAAAUCCGUGAGCCGAAGCGAGAUCGCAGAAGCGCUGGCCACCGGCGCUGGGCCCAAGGGGAUGGAGGUCGCGGAAGCCAGGCUGCUGACGUUGGGACAUGAGUGGCUGAAGCACACGCUGCCCUUCGUUCUGAGCAAGGUCAAUCGUGUCCACUACGGCCUGCUGCGCCAGAAAGAUGUUGCGGACCUCACCUCUAGAGGCUUUCCUCCGACGGGUACGCGCCUGCAGGUUGCUGUGCCCUUCACCGGCUUGGAGACGCCAUCGUUGGCCUCCGAGUUCGCCAAUCCGGAUGUGGCCAUCGGGCUGACCAUCCUUGCAUUCGGCCAUGAAGGAAUGCGGCAGUCCGAUGUGAAAACGAUGCUGUUGCUGUUGAAAGCUGAGCUGUUGCGUGACGUCGCAACGCCUCCGCCCCAGCGCGAAGCCUUCCGGCGCUUCAAGGAGUGGACCACGGAGGCGAGCGAAGGCGCCGAAAGCCCCAAACUGGGCGACGGCGCUUCGAAUGUCGGGUCGACGGUGUUGCCCUUGGACCUGGUGCAGCCAGAAGCGCAGACCAUCCGAGUGCUGAAGCGGCUGUGGCAGCGCCCAGACCGCAAGGCGUCCGUGAUCUUCUUCUAUCUGCGCAAGGAGAUCUUCCCCAAGGCCACGCCCACCCAGGUCAAGAAGUACUCAGCCUGUGCCCAGGAGUUGGCCUCUCCCAAGAUCUUCAAGGUCCAUUUGGGCUUCUCCGGAACGCCCUCCAACGUGUUGCCCUGGACGAUGCCCGCCGUGGAAUUCGACGAGGCCACGGACGGGCAGACCUUGGCGAUUUUGGCAUCUCCGCAGGUGGUGAGCCUUCAGUGGCUGCGUUCUGGUUGGACGCCCCGGACGCUUCUGGACCUCAUCGCCACCCGGCAGCCCCCCUUUUGCGCUCUCAUCGACACGGGGGCGCUGCUGUGUGGCCUGGAGAACGAGGAGGUGGCCAAGCUCCUCAUGGAAGGACCACUGAGCCAGGUGAAGGAGGCCUGCGUGUUCCUGACGCGCGCCGAUCUGCCCAUGAUCCUGCUGAAGGGAGCCUCGCAUGCGGUGCCCCUGGAAGACGCAAACAUUCUGCCGGAGAAGCGCUUCUGCUACUUCGACCAGCCGCACACUACAGGCAUCGACAUUCAGCAGCCGCCAUUGGGAGUUGCAGCCAUCACGCUGGGAAGGGACAUGAGUUUCCGUGAGCUGCAGCAGGGCGCGUGGCGCAUGCGGGGCCUGGCAAAGGGCCAGAGCUGUGUGAUGCUGCUGCCGGAGGAGGUGGCGGUGUACAUGCGGAGCCAGCUGCGUGACCCCAGCGCCGUGCCAACGGCCGAAGCGACGGCGCUGCAGGACAUCCAGGCGGCGCUGCUGGUGAAGAGCUUGGAGCUGGAAGAGCUCCAGGCGCGGCAGUUGGUGCGCCAGGACUUGGCCAGCGCCUGGAAGGAUGAGGCGUUGGCGUCGCUCACGGAUGGGCUCGGCGACAAAGAGGCCUUGUUGGAGCUGGUGCCCACCGAAGUGCAGCAGCAAUCCGCCAAGACGCUGGAAGCUUCACUGCGCGAGCUGGCAGCGCCCUUCGAAAAGUCGCUGUCUGUCUCUGCUGCAGUGGAGCGGGCUGUGAGCCGCGCGCUGCGCAUGCUGGGCAAGACCACGGCGUUUGAGAGCGCCACAGGGGAGAUCGUCCGGGAACAGGAGGAAGAACAUCAGCAUGAGCAUCAGAUCGAGUCGGAGGAACAGGGCGCUGUGAAUCGCCCCUCUCUGGGUCAAAGCCGAAUUUGGGAGCUUCAAGAAAAGAUGCGGCAGCUUGCCGCAGUGCCGGAAGCCUCCGGAGCUAUGCCAUCCGCAGCCGAGAUGCAGCUCCUCACUUUCCCUCCCUUCCUCAAAGUGGCGGAGCUGUUGGGCCUGGCCAGCGCUGGCAAGGCCCUGAAAGCUGUCCAUGCGGCGCAUGCGGCGCAUGCGGCGCAUGCGCACGCCAUGGCCCAGAGUUUGCGCUUCUCGCCGAACUCGCGGUUCACAGCGGAGGCGCCCAUUCUGCGGCCCGUGCUCGUGGCUUUGGAGCUCGCGUCCAAAGACGUGGCCACCACGUUGGCCUUGUCUUUGACGGAGGCCGAGACCAUUCGCUGGGCUCUCAGACAUGGAGGCCCCGCAGGCAUCAAGUUCUGCCUGCACGCUGUCUCAGAGUCUCCCAUGUUCGAUGCUGACAACACGGUGAUGGAACACAAGGUGAUUUGCUCCAACUACGACACUUGCGCACUCUCGCCACCCCCUGUAUGCCUCCUGCGGUUUUACUUGGGCGAGUCCUGGUUCUCUCAAUACGAGCUGCGCUUCUUGGCAGAGGUCAUUGGCAAUCGCAAGCAGGACUUCCAACGACUCAGAGCAGCCGUGUUCAGUGCUCGCCGUCCAGGCGGCGCAGCGGACUGGUCGUGCACUCCGCUGGCCACCGUGCUCGGCACAGCUGCUGCACCAUUAGAUGUGAUGCUUCCUUCUGGCCCCACAUUCCUCGAGCGCUUCAGUUCCGAAGCUUUAGCAGGAGGCAGAGACUUUGUGGAGAUCUACGUGCAACAGCAUGCCCCAAAAGAAACCAUUGAGAUCCUGGAGGACUGAACCCAUGCGGUCAGAUGAACUCGGCCUCAGCAAGUCCUUCCCAAGACGUCAAGAUGAACACCAGAUCCACAUCGAACUCUGUCACUCCAUCAAGACCGAGCCGUGAGAUGCUUCACCAGCGCGCUUGCUUCUAGCUGGUGGGUCAACCCAACGCGCCACUUCCGGGAGAGGGACUGGCAAUAAGCUGUGCUAAGCAACAUGCUGAGACUGACUAGCGGGCA